UCUCUCUCUCUCUCUCUCUCUCUCUCUCUCUCUCUCUCUCUCUCUCUCUCUCUCUCUCUCUCUUCCUCGACCUCUCUCUCUCUUCUCAUGCUGGGUAAAUGAGUUGGAGAGCCAUUCAGCGACCUGAAGUUUUUUGUGACGGAGAAGUGAGGCAGUUGAGGUUUAGUUGUUUCGUUCUUUUAAAGGACACAUUUCAGCCGUUGUGUGAGUGUGUGUGUGUGUGAGUGUGCAUUUAUGUGUGUGUGUUUGCCUCAUACCAGGGACACCUACAGGUUUUCUCCUGACCCAGAUAUCUCCACAGCAUUGAACCUGGAGCCAUGUCUAAGGUCAAAACUGACGUUUUAAAGACCCUUAAUAAAACCAGACCUGGUCUUCAAAUAUGGAGGAUAGAGGCCAUGGAAAUGGUGGCUAUUCCCAGUAAAGCAUAUGGAAAUUUCUAUGAAGGGGAUGCUUAUAUCGUCCUUCAUACAAACAAAGUCUCCAGCCAUUUUACCUAUGACAUCCACUACUGGCUGGGGGCGUCGUCCUCACAGGAUGAGCAAGGGGCGGCGGCCUUCUCCACCACCAUGAUGGAUGAGGCGCUAGGGGGCGUGGCCAUUCAACACCGGGAGACCCAGCGCUACGAGAGUGACAUGUUCCGUGGCUACUUCAAAAAGGGCCUCAUAUACAAGAAGGGAGGCGUGGCCUCUGGGAUGAAGCACGUGGAGACCAACACCUACGACGCAAAGAGGCUUCUCCACGUCAAGGGACGCAAGCAUGUGGUGGCCGGAGAGGUGGACAUGAGCUGGGCCAGCUUCAACAAUGGAGAUGUGUUCAUCUUGGACCUGGGGAACAUCAUUAUUCAGUGGAACGGACCCAAGAGCAACCACAUGGAGAGACUCAAGGGAGUGAACCUGGCCAAGGACAUCCGCGACCGGGAGCGUGGGGGCCGGGCGCAGGUCACGGUGGUGGAGGCCGAAGACGAGAAGACCUCGGUGGAGGCGGUGAAGCUGAUGAAGCAGCACCUGGGGGACAGGCGGGACAUCAGAGACGUGAUCAUCUCCGACGACGUGGUGGACGGCAAGCUGAGGACCAGCAUCAAGCUCUUCCAUAUCUCCGACGCCCAGGGUAACUUGGUUGUUCAAGAGGUUGCUGUGAAGCCACUGAAACAGGAACUGCUAAGUCAUGAGGACUGCUAUCUCUUAGACCAAGGAGGGAUUAGGAUCUACAUGUGGAAAGGAAAGAAGGCCUCGCAGAAAGAGAGAUCUGAGUCACUGAAUAAAGCAGAAGCGUACAUCAAGGCCAAGGGCUACCCCAGCUCCACCUAUGUGGAGACGGUGAACGACGGCGCCGAAUCGGCCGUGUUCAAGCAGCUCUUCACAAGCUGGACCGUCAAGUACCAGACCGGGGGUCUGGGGACCACCAACACCAAGGGGAAGAUAGCCAAAGUGGAACAGGUGAAGUUUGACGCCACCUCCAUGCACGCCAGGCCUGAUCUGGCCGCGCAGCACAAGAUGGUGGAUGACGGAACAGGUGAAACGGAGGUGUGGCGUAUAGAGGACAACGUACUGCAGAGUGUGGACAACAAGUGGCUGGGACACUUCUACGGGGGGGACUGCUACCUCAUACUUUAUAAAUAUGAGGUCAACUACAGACGCCACUACAUACUCUACGUCUGGCAGGGGCGCCACGCCAGUACAGCAGAGCUGGCUGCGUCCGCCCUGCUGGCCAUACAACUGGACCAGCAGUACAACGGGGAGCCCGUUCAGGUCCGCGUGCCCAUGGGCAAGGAACCACUCCACCUCAUGGCCAUCUUCAAGGGGAAGAUGAUCAUUUAUGAGGAAGGGAGCUCCAGAGAGGGGUCGGCCUACAAACCCCCCGCCGUGCGUCUGUUCCAAGUGCGAGGCACCAACGACUUCAACACCCAGGCCAUAGAGGUCUCGGCCCGCAGCUCCUGCCUCAACUCCAACGAUGUGUUUGUGCUCAGCACUGAAAACUCCUGCUUUCUGUGGUAUGGAAAGGGCUGCAGUGGUGAUGAGCGGCUGAUGGGUAAAUCCCUGGCCGACAUUAUCUCCAGAAGAGAGAAGCUUGUCAUCGCCGAGGGCCAAGAGCCCGACCUCUUCUGGGUCAGCCUGGGCGGCAAAACGCAGUACGCCAACAGCAAGAGACUCCAGGACGGCCUGAACAGCGUCACCCCGCGGCUCUUCGAGUGCUCCAACCAGACGGGCCGCUUCCUGGCCACCGAGAUUACAAACUUCGACCAGGAAGACCUGGACGAGGACGACAUCAUGCUCCUCGAUAUAUGGGACAUGGUGUGCCUGUGGAUGGGGAGGGGGGCCAAUCCCGUCGAGAGGGACGCUGCCGUGACGACGGCCCAGGAAUAUCUGCGUUCGCACCCGGCCGGCCGUGACGUCGACACGCCCAUCGUCCUGAUCAAACAGGGCUUCGAGCCCCCGACCUUCACCGGAUGGUUCCAUGCCUGGGACCCUCAGAUGUGGAGCGGAGGAAAGUCUUACUAUGAGCUGAAGUCUGAACUCGGAGAUGCCACUGACAUCAUCAAAAUAACAGUGGACAUGGCGACGGCGCCCACCACACCGGGCAAAGGGCCUAGCAAAGGGAUGGGAAUCCUGACUCCGUCGGCCGCAGCCCCCUUCCCUGUCGAGCAGCUGGUCCACAAGCAGAAUGAGGAUCUUCCAGAGGGAGUUGAUCCAACCAGGAAAGAGGAACACCUCAACAAUGAGGACUUUGCACUAGUGCUAGGGAUGUCUCGAAUGGAAUUCUACUCCAUGCCAACGUGGAAGCAGCAGAAGCUGAAGAAAGACAAGGGACUCUUUUAGAGAGUGGUCUCUUCUUGUACUUUGCUGGCUAGAUCUUUAAUGAUGAAUUAUGUGUUAACAGAGAGUUGACAGUAUGGAUAUGCAGAAGUGUUUUGUUCAUUUAAGAAGGAAGACAUUUAUAUUCUGUAGUGUACGAUGAAUAAACUGAUUUUGAUGUAGGGCGUAAAAUGAGGGGAAGAUGAGGUUUCACGUGUCACUCGUUUUGUUUUAAGUAUGCUGAGUGUGGGAAUAAUGUAAAGACAAUCCUUUUCAAUCACUGGUUUUUUUCAGGUAUAAACUAAAAACCCUUUUGUGUGCUUGCCUCAUAAUCUAGCGUAUACAUGAUGUUUGUUUUAUUUAACACACAUUUGUGUAGUCUUGUGUAGUAAAUUAUUUAGUAUGCCUACAAAAAUCGCACCAAGUAAGUUGGUUUUCAUACAUUUUGCUUAAAAAUGGAUUCUACAUUUUUAUUUCCAGGUACGAUAUUAAAUGUUUGAAUAAUUUAAUUCCAUCAUUCAAUGCGAAUGAAGCAAGAUAGUCUCAAAUAUAUAUCACCGAAGUUAUUUUAACACCUUUAGAGAAGGUUUCUUAAAGCUUAGUUAGUGAAACACUAAAAUAUUGAUUUCUUUCUUUGAUAAGAAAACUGUUUAGGUUGAAUGUAUUAGAACAACAUGUUUAUGUUUCUAUGUAGGUCUCAUCUACAAUAACAUACUACUAGCUUCUCUGUGUCUGACUGUUUAUGUUGAAUGUAUUAGAACAACACGUUUAUGUUUCUAUGUAGGUCUAGUCUACAAUAAAAUACUACAAGCUUU